AUGGGAUGGGAACGCAACGACUGCGCCUGCUCGACUAGUCUCAACAAUUGCAUAGAAAAUGGGGUAAACAGUAACUAUAUUCAUAAUGCUACUGUGUUUUUGUUGUACAAACAGGAGAUGUGUUCGAGUAAUGGAAAGUGUGAAUGCAACCGUUGCGUUUGCUAUAUGGGUAGAGCUGGGGCUUUCUGUGGAUCUGUUGAAAAGGUGAAACCUUAUCCUGUAACGGUUGCAACAUCUUAAAUUAAGCCUGUAGAACGGCGUGAACACUAUGAAUGCAAAUUCUUAAUAAACUUCUGCAACUUUUGCCUAAUUGUUCGCAAAUGUUGAUAUUGCGAAAAGUUUAUUCUAAAGUCAAAAAGUAGAGGUUGUUAAAAAUUCCGGAAAAAAAGACGGAAACAAGCGGAAAUUAACUCAACAGUUGCAAAGGUUCAUCAAUUUUUUCUUGUAAAUUUUUCAGAAGUAAAUAGACAUAUGUAGGACUUUAUCACAAUAUUUCCAGUUAAUCCAAUUCCAGGAUUCCGCAUCUUCUUCGACGGCUAGAAAAGACCUACCAGUGACUACAAUACAGCCUGUCAUUGUGAAUACUGAAGAUCCAACCACUUUGGAAGUCUCCGAUGUUAGCCAACCUAGAGAGAACAACGCCAAGGAAAACGAGCCAAAAUCUUCGAUUACGUUGUUUUCCAACCUUUUCAUCGUUUUGUUAGUUGUAUUGAAUGCGUUGUAA